CUUUUUUCCUUUUUUACAGGAUGGGUCUCGCCAGCGUCCCCUGCAGCAGCAGAAGAAGACCGUCUCCUUCAGCACCAUGCCCAGCAACCGCAAGCUCAGUAGCACUGCUGCCUGCAUUUCCUUCAUGCUUGAGGGCUGUGAAAUGAAGAAAGUGCGUUCCAAUUCCCGCAUGUACAGCCGAUUCUUUGUACUGGACCCAGACUUACGCUUCAUGCGCUGGGAGCCUUCCAAGAAGGACUCUGAAAAAGCCAAAAUUGAGAUCAAGUCAGUAAAGGAGGUGCGGGUUGGGAAGAAGACACCUGUGCUGCGCUCCAACGGUCUUUCAGACCAGUUCCCAGAUGAAUGUGCCUUCUCCAUCAUCUAUGGAGACAACUAUGAGUCCUUGGAUCUGGUGGCCAGUUCUGCUGAUGUGGUGAAUGCAUGGGUAAUGGGUCUGCGAUAUUUGGCCUCCUACGGGAAACACACCUUGGAGGAGGCUCCUGAGGCAGGAAACCCCAACCCUCGCACUUCCUGGAUCUCCUCUGUCUUUGACAUUGCAGACCUGGAGAAGGAAGGCCGAAUCCCAAUUUCCCGGGCUGUCCAGCUCAUCCGAGCCCUCAACCCUGGCAUGAAAGUUUCAACCAUUGAGCUAAAGUUCAAAGAGCUUCAGAAAGCAGCCAGUGAGCGGGUUGGGGAGGAGGUGAACUGUGAAGUCUUUGUGGAAGCCUACUGUGAGCUGUGCACCAGGCCAGAGGUUUUCUUUCUCUUGGUCCAGUUUUCCAGCAACAAGGAAUACAUGGGCCUGAAGGACUUGAUGAGCUUUCUAGAAGCAGAACAGGGCAAGGAAGGGGUGACGGAGCAGAUGUGCAGGGAAAUUAUCAGCAAAUAUGAGCCAUCCAAGGAAGGACGGGAAAAGGGCUAUUUGGCUGUUGAUGGCUUCACUCGCUACCUCCUUUCCGCGGACUGUGACAUAUUUGACCCACAACAUCGCAAAGUGUGCCAGGACAUGAGUCAGCCGUUGUCCCACUACUUCAUUAGCUCUGCACAUGGAGCGUGUCUGGCAGAGGACAGCUGCUUUUGGAGUGGCUCCACUUCAGACAUUGGGGGCUAUGUGGCAGCUCUCAAGGCUGGUUGCCGUAGCUUGGAACUAGUAGUAUGUGACAGCCCAUCUGGAGAGCCAGUGGUGAGUGCUGGGACCCGUCUGGCUUUCUCCAAGGUGGUGAGUGCUGUGGCAGAGUAUGCUUUUGAAGCCUCAGAAUUUCCUCUCAUUCUAUGCCUCUCUGUGCACUGCUGUGUAGCCCAGCAGAGGGUCAUGGCUGAACAUCUGAGGAAGACCUUUGGAGACAAGCUGUAUCUGACACCCCCCAACCCCAGUGAGGUCUAUCUUCCCUCACCAGAAAAACUCAAGGGAUUCAUUCUCAUCAAAAGCCGGAAGCUGCAUCCCAACUGCCAAUCGAGUGAGGGGGAUGUCUCAGAUGAUGAGGAGACUUUGGAACUGGGCCUGCCACUCAGUGAUGAGCACCAGGAGCAGCCCCGCUGCCGGCGGGUCUUGUGCCGUGAGCUCUCAGAUCUAGUGAGCUUGUGCCAGACAGUGACUUUCCAGGGCUUUGAGGGCUCCCGGCGGGGCCAGUGCUAUUGGGAGGUUUGUUCCUUCAGUGAGGUGGAGGCUGGUCGCUAUGCCAAUGAAGAUCCAGAGGAUUUUGUGGCCUAUAACAAGCGCUUCCUAUCACGGGUUUACCCCAGCCCCAUGCGCAUCGAUGCCAGCAACAUGAACCCUCAGGACUUCUGGAAGUGUGGCUGUCAGAUGGUGGCUAUGAACUACCAGACACCGGGACUUAUGAUGGACCUGAAUGCUGGCUGGUUCCGCCAAAAUGGGGGUUGUGGCUAUGUGCUUCGGCCAGCGAUUAUGCGUGAGGAAGUGUCCUACUUCAGCGCCAACACGAGGGACACCUUGCCUGGUAUCUCAGCCCAACUUUUGCACCUCAAGAUCAUCAGUGGCCAGAAUCUGCCCAAACCCAAAGGCUCUGGGGCCAAAGGUGACGUGGUGGAGCCAUAUGUCUGUGCUGAAAUGCAUGGUAUCCCUGCUGACUGUGCUGAAAAACGCACCAAGACAGUGUUGCAAAGUGGGGAUAACCCAGUCUUUGAGGAGACCUUAGAGUUCCAAGUUAACCUUCCUGAGCUGGCCAUCCUCCGGUUUAUGGUGCUAGAUGAUGAUUACAUCGGAGAUGAGUUCAUUGCACAGUACACCAUCCCCUUUGAGUGCCUCCAGAUGGGCUACCGCCAUGUGCCCCUCCAGUCCCUCUCUGGCGAGCCCCUUCCCAAUGCCACCUUGUUUGUCCAUGUGGCCAUCACCAACAGGCGGGGGGGAGGCAAAGCUCACCGCCGGGGGCUCUCAGGGCGCAAGGGACGCCGCAUGCGGGAGUACACAUCCACCAAGGCCAUGGGAAUCAAGGCCAUUGAUGAGGUGUUCCGCACUGCCACUCAGCCACUGCGAGAGGCCACAGACCUACGGGAGAACAUGCAGAAUGCUCUAGUCUCCUUCAAAGAAUUGUGUGGCCUAACACCAGCAGCCAACAUCAAACAGUGCAUCUUAAAACUGGCCACGUGGCUUCAGCCCAGUGAAAAGGAGAGCCUCCCAGCUGUCACCGUGAACCUAGGAGAGGAGUACCCAUCCAUGGAGGCCCAAGGGCCUGUCCCAGAACUCCUGCGGAAAGUGCUUGCUGCCUAUGACACUAUGAUCCAGACAAGCCGGACGCUAAUUGAGUCAGCAGAUGCUGUUCAUGCCAAGAUUAUACAGGUGCAACAAACAGGGAUGGGUUUUCACAAGGAGCUGCAUCGCUUGGAAACAAAGGAGGGUCUGAAAGGGCGAAAAAUGCAGAAAGCGCUAGAAAGUUUUGCCUGGAAUAUCACUGUUCUCAAGGGCCAAGCUGACCUGCUCAAACACUCCAAAGCAGAAGCACUUGACACAUUGUGGCAGAUACACAAUGCUGCACAAUCCUGCGGCAUUGGGCAGAAUGGAGCCGCCUCUCCUGACCUCUUUCGUGGUCGAACUGUUCUUGAUCCCAUCCCAGAAACAGAAGGACCCAAUGACUCAGGGUCUUGCUGACUUGGAAUGGCUAAGACCAAGGGAGAAGAGGGGACUUGUGAUCACAGCGGGUGCCAUACAGAGACACUGACAUGUGGCAGAACUGUUUAAAAAGAGAGAUGGGGACAAGUGAAGUGCUGUGUGACUUCUGACCUGGCAAGCAAAUGGGAGAGUGCCAAUCAAUUUCUAAGUAUUCAUGUGUGUAAGAACCACCAAGACUUCCUUAACACAAGAUGUGGGGCUGCUCUACAUCUUUUGGAUGUGCAGAUUUUGGGUUGCAGUAAGAGAUAGAUUUUACCCCCCCCCCCCCCCCCCCCCCCCCAGGCAAAACCCUUGAAAAAAAUCCAUCACUGGGUAAAAUAGGUGGCAUAGCAUUUCAGGGAAGCUGAAAAGAAGGCUGUUUAUAGCCAGAGAAGGCUGAUCUUCUAAUUGUUUGGGCCAGCAAAUAAGCCUGACCUGGAAGCUUCUAGAGCGGGUCGCAGAGACUCACAUUUGACCCACUGUGGCCUGUUGGUGUAAGAAGGUGUCUUAGUGGAGCUCCUGGGGUUCCAGCCAGAACUGAGUUUGGCUACAGAGGCUAAAUCCUGCUGGAUAUACUCCAGAAUUCUUGGUUCAAUAUCUACUGAGAUCUACUAAUGGGCUUAUGUAGGAUGACUUGAUAUAGAAGUGAGUUGUACCUGUCCUCCAAUUAUUUUGGGCUACAAUUUCCAUAGUCUGUUGCCUUUGGUAAAGUUGGGUAGAGCUGAUGGCAAUUAGUCUAAGAAAUCUAAAGAGUCAAAAGCUUCUCUCCUCUCCUGGUGUUUUGUACUUUUUAUGACAACAUGGGAAAAGGAUGUCCUCUGAGGUUUCCAAUUUUCUUGGACUUACCCUGAAAACAAGCAUUCUUUGUACUCAGCCUUAGAACUUAAUUCACUAAAGCAAGGGAAGGCCAAACAGGAUAUUGCAGUUGCAGUCUCCUCAAUAAAGGAAUCCAUCCUGAUAACCAAGCAAAGCUGAAUAAUUCAUCUUCUCUAGGGUAUGAGGAUGAAGUUAAAGAAGGGCUUAGCCUUUGUGCAAUGGUUUCCAGUCUUGGGCUCACAAAGGAUAUUGAACUUCUACCCAACAACAGCAACACUGGUCAUGCUGGCUGUGGAUGAUGGGAUGGAGAUGUAUUCUAGAAACACUUCGGGAUUAAAGCUUGAGAAAAUACUGGGCUAAAGGAAGGGGUCUCUAUUCUUGGACUCGCUUUGGUCAGUCCCAGUGCUGUCAAGUUCCCGGUUAGAGGUGAAAAGAAGGGAGGGGAGGGGAACAAGCAAUUCAUGGUUUGACCCAGGGCCAGGUCCUUACUUGCAGUGGUGGGGCUUCUCCCACACUUGAACCAUGGGCUUCCAGUGAGAAAGGGUCCCAAAUUUUCCUAAAUUUGGUUGUAACUAUUCAAUUAUUAUAUUCUCUGGGAUUUUUCACAGUGUUUCCAAUUAAGAAAUAGUGUUGGAUUAAGAGUCUUUUAAGAGAGAAGAAACAAUAGUGGACUGUGAAAUUUUUAACCUGACAAUGCUCUGACUAUUUUUAUAGUUGCAGGUAAAGAUGGGCACAAUGAGCAAUGCAAUCCUAACUUGAAGGUGCAUCAGGACUACGGAGUUAAGAUUUAAGUACGAAUCUUUUCUACCAGCAGACCUCACUGGUUGAGAUGGCCAAGGGCCAACUGAAGGCUUGUCUACACAAUUUAAAUACUCCUCAUUCCAGUUGAAUAGAAUGUGAUCUGGCCACACACAAUUCAUAGGAGUUCAGGCUUUUUGCAGACCACCCCACGAAAAAAAAAAUGAGCAGAAAAAGGCUUCACAGUUUUUACCAGAGUAUCCGCAGAAAUGCGCAUUAUCCCACCAGUGGCCAUCUGUGCUUUGCUUACAUUUGGAUGGAUGUACAUUUUCAGCAGCAGGAGGGUGGGCAGAUGUGAAUAGAUGUGUAUUUGUGCAAGAAAGUGAAGAAAAUUAACCAUUGAUGCAAAUGUGUGGGAAAAAUACAAUUAAAUGCAGAUUAGCCCUGAGCCAAAACUAGGUCUGCUGAAAUUGUGCUAAAUCCAAAACCUUCCCAGCUUUGGUGUGUUGAAAUUGCUUAUGACACUCCUUGCCUAACUUUGUGUCAACAUUGUGUCUGUAUCUUUGGGACUGUAAAAAUUUGGAUCUGGUGUUCAUUUGGCUUCUCCCUCGCCCUUUACCAACUCCCCCCUUUUUGGUGAGAAGUGGGUUCCGCCUGCAGAAGACGAUUAUGCAUAAUCCUAACCCCUUGCAGCCUACCCAUCUUUGCAUUAGGACUGCACUGCCUUUCUGGUUGUAUUUACAAAGUCUUUUGCCCCACACACAUCAAUCUGAAACAAGUUGGUACUGAACAUUAUGCCCUUGAAAAUUAUCCACAGACCUUAAGAUAGACUUUCAAAGUUUUCUCCUCCGGUUCUAAAAAGAAAAGGGGAGGGUGGGAAGAGAGGGAGUUGACAUUUGAGAGUUCACAUAUCACAACUGUGCCAAGCUCUGAAUUCACACAAUGCUGUGUUUCAGGUUAUUACAUUGAUCUCCAUCUCACUUUCAUGUUUGGUGGGUGGGAUAUACCACUUCUGUCAUCCUGCUAGUCCAGGAAGGCUUGCUCUGGAAUUGAGAUGUUUGAAUUCUGUUGACAAUAAAACCAGAAUUUCUUUCA